UUUUUUUUUUUUUUUUUUUGAGUUAAAUUGCAUAAAUGAUUACUUAAUUUUAUAUUAAGAUAUAAAAAAAAUUAUUAAAUUUUAAUUUAUAAUUAAAAGAUUACUAAAUUUAAAUUUAAUAUAUUAUUUUAUAAUUACUGUUAAUUAUUAUUAAAAAAACUAACAAGAUAUUGAUAUGGCUAAUAACGUUAUAUUAGUAUUUCGUUAGUCUUUUUUUAUCGUAAUUGACAGUAAUUAUAAAAUUGUAUAUUAAAUUAAAAUUCAAUGAUUGUUUUGACUACGAAUUGAAAUUCAAUAACACUUUUAUACUUUAAUAUAAAAUUCAGUAAUUUACCUGCAUUUUUUGUGUGUAUCUAUAUAAUUGCUUAUUUGUAAAUUAUUUUUUGUAUUUAGAAAAAUGAUGCAUUAACAGAAAAGAGGAAAUGAAAACUAAGAUUAUGUUUGAGAGUUUUAGGAAGGGAGGAGGGAUUAUUGGAAAAGGAAAAGAGAGGAGAUGGAGAGUUAUGUUACUAAUUGUUUGGAUCUUUAAUUACAAAAAAUUGAAAUUUGCUUAUGGUGUUGUUUGGGAGUUUUAAAUAAAAAUAAAAAGGGUAUGAAAGAAUUAUGAUAUUUAAUUUUUAAUAAAAACUUCAUAAAGGAAGCAAAAUAAUUGUUUCAAAAUAUCUAAUUCCCCUCUCCAAUCUCCUUCCUCUCUUCUUUCAAAAUAUCUCCCAAACAAAAUAAUUGUUUCUUCCCUCUUUCAAGCCCUUCUGAAGCAUCCAGCCGUUCAAUUUCCGUGGAUGAAAGGCAACCGUUGGAUUUGAGUUACAACCUCCCUAUCAAAAAAAAAAAAAAAAAACAAAAUUCCAUUCUCCCUUUCCUUUUUUUCAUGGCUAAGCAACUACGGAUUAGCUAGAGCUCGAAAUCAGCAGUUGGAGAGGCGAUGGAUUCGGAGACGGCGACUAGAACGACAAACGAAGAGGAAGAUCAAGAUGGACCGAGAGGGAUCGGAGAUAGAGAUUGAACAGACAAGGAGAUUGUGAGUGAUGGUUCUAACUCACUGUCGUCCGAAGCAGGAAAUUAAAGGGUGAAUAAGAGUCUCAAAAUGGUGGUCGAAGCUCAAAAUUGCAAUGGGAGUGACGAUGGUGAGCGUUAAUUCUGGGUGGGGUUUGGGCGAGGGAGAUCGAGAUGGACGGAGAGGGAAGUGGUGAAGAGUCUCUUUUAUUUUUAUUCUAUCAAAAAUAAAAGAAGAGUAGCAAAGAUAAUAAUAAAAUAAAAUAAACAAUGAAGUCAUCUAUAUUUCUAUUCUGAUUCUCUUUCUCUUUUCAUUCAAUCAACUCACAUUUGACGAGGCCGAGCAUGAGAGAGUAGAAAUCAACGUUUUCAAAUAAAAAAUAUUUUUUUGUUAAAUAAGUAUGUAAUCAUUAAAAUUAAGAUCUCAAAAAAAUGAAAAAUAAAUAGAUAAUACUAUAAUAAUAAUUAUUAUUUGAAUUUAUCAAGUAAUGUUAUUUUUAUAAGUGGAAAAAAUUACAUCUUAAGAUAAAUAUUUACAAGAACUGUGAGAAAACUUAGCCGUCUAUUUGAAUCCCAAAUGGACUCAACCCACCACCCAUUCACGGAAAGGCCUAAUUCUGUUGUAUAUACCCAAAUAGGCCCAACUCUAGCAUUGGGCUUCAAUUGUAUUUGAAAGCUCUACUGCCCAAAUCUCACCCUUUAACUUGAAUCAAUCAAAAACACAUACACACACACACAGACAAACUGACCUCUUAGAUUGGCUAGAAUUUUAAAAAUAACAUUUAAUUUUAAUGACUUAUUAAUUAAAUUUAUCAAUUUGUUAUAAUUAUAAGACAUCGUAAAAAAAUCAUUGACUCUUGAUCGCUUAAUGAUGAUAAAGAAAAAAAUCAAUAACACAAUACGAUUGUUACAGCACUCUUAAAUGUGGUGUGAAAAUUAAAGUGGAUAAUUGGGGUACAAAAGCAAGGGAUACAAUACAAUAAUAAUAAUAAUAAUUGCAAUAUAACACAAUAAAAUGCGGUAUAAAUGUGCUGUGCGGUGCGGAUACUCGGAGGUAUCUAAAAUUGGCCACAACAGAAGGACUAUACUAUAUAUAUAUAUAUAUAUAUAUAUCAGCAGCAGGUGCAGGGUGCCGUUCUUUUUGCACGCAGACAUCCAGAAAAAGGGGAGAAGGAGGGGGUGGGAAUUGAAUGCAUUGCCUGGAACCCCACAACUGUCCUACAAAUAGAUGCACUAAGAAGAUGCGUUCCCAUGGUAAGGGACCAUCUUGCUUAUGGAGUAGCAAUCUUCAUCACCAACCAACACACCUGACCCACGUUACAAUUUCAUUAUUUUGGAUAAUCUAAUACGUUGAUACCCACCCAUCUAAAAUUCUUCCAAGAGAAAAUUAUUUUUGAGUUUUGAUAUGAUUUCAAAAAUUAUUUUUUAUAUUUCAAAAAUAAUACGAGAUUAUUUAUGAAUAUUUAAUUAGGGUUAAGUAAUGACAAAAAAUACUGCGUAUAAUUUUCCCAUUAAUUAAUUAAAAUUCUCCAUUAUGUGGAUAUGAAAAUUAAUCUCAAAAAUCAAUGAGCCAGGCCCAUACUUAGACAUGAGCUAGGCCCACAAGAAUUAAGACCAUGGCUAUUCUACUCCCCAGCGGUGGGUCUCAUAAAAUGGGCUCAAUAAAUCUAGCUAAGACUUAAUUUUCAGAGUAAUUACAAUCACGAGGGUAAGAUAUUUCAGGAGGAUUCAUGAUCUCUUUGUAUAUAAUAUAGACUGUUUUUGAAAUUCUAUAUAAUUAUAGUUGUGAUUUUUCAAUCACUUGACAGAAAUCUUAUUAUUGAGGACAAGACUUUUACUUGAUUUUACUCUCCAACAAAUGUGUACAAAUAUCUAGCUAUAUGUUCUUUUAAUAUUAAAGUAAUUAGUUAUGCUUUAAAAUUACUGUUCCCAAUAUAACCCUAUUUUAAGAAGUAAUUUGUAGGCUUGCUUAGAGUGAAGAGUCUCUAAAGUUGGCUACUUUUGCUCUUCUAAGUAUACUAGGAAAGAAGAUACCCUAAGUUCAAGGGUGGUCCUUCAAUAAAUAUUUAAAGCAGCUCCUCCACGACUAAUUUACCUUUUUUUACCCUAAGUUGGCUACUUUUUUUAUCCUCUCGUGGUGGGGUAUUAACUUUGUAGGUACCAAAUUUAUUCAAGGACAUAAUUUUUUAAUUUUAGUGAAAAAACAAAAGAUAUAAUUUAAAAAUAAAACUCUAAUAAUAAAAAUAUACAAGUUAAAGUAUAAUAAUAAGAUCAAAUCGAUACUUUUAUUUAAUUCUUCAUCAUCGGUGAAUGCAAGUCCGUCGAACACAGGUUAUGUUGAUUGCAGCUGCUUUUGGUGGAUUGAACAUUUACAUUCUUGAAGGUUAUUUUUAUCUAGAUCUGAUUUGUUAAUUGGUAUAUAUAUAUAGUAAUAAAUAAAAAUAUAUACUUAUAGACAAAAAUAAAUAAAAAUAUACAUGUUAUGAAAUAGAUGUUGAAUAUUACAAUUUACUAAACUAUAUAUAUAGAUGUUGCCGAUGUUUUCUUAACUCCUGCUAUUUUUUAUUUUUUUUUUGUGUGGAAAAUCCCAAGCUUAAUUUUCAAACUUACAAAUGUAGAAAAAUCUAUAUAUUGACAGCUAGCAGAGAAAAAUGGUGAAAACAUUUCUUUAAGUAAAGUAACGUUUUUUAGAAUAUCCUGUACCCCAAAUUUAGUAGCGUUUAAGAACAUGUUAAUCUUGAAUAAAUAAGCGAUUGAAAAAAUUAUUAACGACGACUUUACUUACUCAAUGCUUCUUGUAAAGCAACUUUUGAAUGUAUUAAUUUUGGCGUACAAAAACUCAUGCAAAAUCCCUUUUAAAGAUGUUUUGUCAUGAAAGAGGAAUCUGAUAAAAAAAUGCAUGUAAGUUAAAAAAGAAAAAUUAAGAUUUGUAAGUAAUUAAGACCCCACCCCACACCACGCCCUUCCCUCAGAAAAAAAAGCAGACAAUACCCGUAUUCAAAAAAGAACAAAUUAACACUGUGACAACUAUUUUAGCGAGGGAGAAUUAUUCCAUGAUGAUGAUGAAUAGGCUAGGCUAGGCAGGCAGACGUACGUGAAAUUAAUACUAAUUGAUUGAAUCAAAGCAAUUAUGAGGGGAGGGGGCAAGUACAGUACAGCAAUGACGCCUACUACAGUAGGAUUAAUUAAGCCAUCAGAGAUCGAAGGCGAUGGGAAGUGGAUCAGUCGGAGGGGUCCUCCCUCUGUGCUGGCUGUUGUCUACUAACAGCUUCGUUAGCGGACAAAUAUGCCUUGCAACUACCACAAGCAACUCUUCAUAACGUCCAUUAAUGUCUCCGUCAAUAUCAAAUACAUUAAAUCAGACCUCUCUCUCUCUCUCUCUCUCUCUCUCAAUUCCAAUCUUCUUAUUAUCUCCCCAUCCCUAGGCCACUACACAUGGUUUGCUGCUUAAUCUAUGAUCAACCCCACUUUCUAAUUAACUUUAUUUUAUUAGCCCUGUGCCCUAGACGUGUUUACGAAAAUGAUAUAUAUUAAAGAGUUUCUUGGGGGAAGUCAUUUUCCUCUAGAGUUUUCCUUAUAAUUUGUGAUUAUACGUACUACUGAGAAAAAUGAUGUUUAUAUAUAUAUAUAUAGAAUUUUUAUAUAAAAUAAAAUACAAUUAAAAUAAUUUAGUGUGGUGAUGUUAUCGUAAUUAUUAUUAAUCGCUUUUAACAUAUAAUUAUUAUUGAGAGACGUUAAUUGUCGAUUCUGAAACUCAAGUGAAGCUAUCUCUCUGGGACUUCUGAAUCCUAAAAAGCCCCUAAUCCUAAGAGUUAAAAAUUAUUAAAAAAAACAAAGUUAAGGUCGACAUGUACGUAGUGUAAAAUCAUUCAUAAGAAACACUGCCAACAAGAAACAAAUAACAUCUUACAAAGACAUGAUUUAAUUUGCACUAUUGAAUUACAAAAAAAAUUUAUUAAAAAUUGUACUUAGAAUAAAAAUUAAGAUGCUAAAAUAUGAAGCGGGCAAAGAAGCGGAUCAGUACUAUAUUUAUGCCGCUGAGUGUGCUAGCUGCCUCACUAGCUAGGUAUAAAGGAAUCACAAUCCAAAUGACCGGUGGCACAUGCGUGUUAUAUUUUUUGAGCCCCAACUGCACUCUUUUUAAGUUGAACACCUACCCACCAAAUUAACUUCAAUCCAAGCUAUGGAACCCCAGAAGAAGGGAGUCAAGUAUGUUUACAAGCUGGACACCGGAAAAGGGAAGCCGGAAGCGGACUCAACACCACUGGAGGCGGUGAAGAAGGUGGUGUCACGCGGUUACUGGGGUCUAGGGAGAUCAAAAACCUAUCGAGAGAACCGGGAGCAUGGCGGCGGCCGGAGGGCAGUGGACGGUGGAGGCGAGGCAGCGGAGGGGAGGAAAUCGGUGUCGCACGUAGAAACGGACGCGGCGGCGGUGGCCGCAUUUCUUCAGGUGAAGGUUCUUGUGACGGAUAUGCCAGGGUGGAUGCAGGUGCAUGCUUUUAGAUGUGCAAGAAGGAGUUUUGAUGGUUUGGACAAGUUCAGCUCUAAACACAUGGCUUUUAACAUUAAGAAGGAGUUUGAUAAGGUGUAUGGGCCGGCCUGGCAUUGCAUAGUGGGCUCAAGCUUCGGCUCUUUCGUGACCCACUCUACGGGCUGUUUCCUCUACUUUUCAAUGGAGAAAGUGUACAUUUUAAUUUUCAGAACCAAAGUUGAGAGAGCUGUCGUCGAUUAAGGAAAGAAAAGAAAAGAAAAAAUAAAAAUAAUAUUGAAAAAUAUGCAGCACCGCUGUAGUGGUCUCUUUGAUGAGAUCUACUGUUGUGCUGCUAAUGAUUUGUUUCUUGAAUUUGUAAAUGAUAAUUGAAGAGAGAGCAGAGAGUCAUCAGAAGUGAUUGUAAUUUUAUAUAUAUGGGCAUGCCUUCCUUGUCUUGCUAAUUAAUAAUAUGGGUAUGGGCAUGGGCAUGUUAUGUUCCGCAGUUUGAUUAGAGUUAUUAUUAUUAGUAGUAUUUGAUGUUGCAGCAGCUCUUCCAAAAAUCUUU